CAGCUAUCAAGGAAGUACACAAACAGGUUUAUUUCCAUUGCAUGCACCUGCUACAGUUGAACAUCUUGUCGCUUCCUCAGAAUCAUUGAUAAAUGGACGGGAACGCUACCAAUCCAGCAACGGAACAGAAAUCCCCCACAUGGGGAGGCUCCCUGCGCGCUCGCCUCUCAUUCUGUUGUCAUGGAGGAGCCAAGAUGGCGGCGCAGGCCUAUGCGAUGGGCAGACGGGAGAUUAAUCAACACUUCAACAUCAGGAACGCCAAGCUGCUCGCCAUCGGCUUCGUGCUCAUCUUAACCGCCGGCCAUGGGAUCCACAGGUUCUACGGAGGUGGUGAUAGCUGUGAAUGGCUCCUCUCUAGUGGCCGAUUCCUGGGUGAAAAUGUGUGGCAACCUAAUGGCUGCAUGAUGCACAAGUACAAAAUUAGUGAAGUAAAGAGCUGUCUUAUGAACAAAUAUAUAACUUUCAUUGGAGAUUCCAGAAUUCGGCAAUUGUUCUACUCCUUUAUUAAAAUAAUAAGUUCUGGUGUAAAAGAAGAAGGUAACAAGCAUGAAAAUAUUUCCUUUGAAGAUGGAAAAAAUCCAUUGAAAGUUGACUUUUUGUGGUACCCAGAGGUAAACAACUCCAUGAGGGACUGUUUUAAGGCCUGGAUCGAGGAUACUCAACAGAAGCCCCAUAUUAUUGUGGUGGGCGCUGCUACGUGGUCAAUUAAGAUUCAAAAUGGGAGUAUGGAAGCUCUCGAACAGUAUAGAAUCAACCUUACAUCAAUCGCACCUCUUCUGGAGAAGCUAGCAGAAACCAAAGACAUUUAUUGGAUUCUGCAAGAUCCAGUAUAUGAAGAUUUGCUGAGCGAGAAUAGAAAAAUGAUUACUAACCAGAGGAUUGGCUUAUACAACGAUGCAGCUUUGAACAUUUUGAACAGCAGCACCAGAAAUAUGGCAGCAAAAGUCAAGAUUUUCCGAGCUUCUAAAUUAAUUGCAGAAGAAACCAUGGCAGGAUCUUUGGAUGGCUUGCAUUUACCCGAAACCACAAGAGACAUUAAUGCUAUGAUUCUGAUGAAUUCCUACUGCAACAAGAUUGUGAAGCCCAUUGAUGGUUCAUGCUGCCUUCCCCUGGCUCCGCUCUCUCUAAUUCAGAAAUUGACUGGCUGCUUUUUCAGUAUUUGCAUAAUUGGCUGCUUAGUUGUGACUUACUUUUGUCAUACAUGGCGGAGAAGUAAACCUAAUGGUGAUGUGGAGAGUGAAGAAGAGAAGAAACCCGUCACAGCUUCACUUUCUACUCCUGAAAAACUGCUGUUUUCCCUUUCCAAAUUAGGCCUGAUCAUGGGCUAUUUCUUUCUCUGUGACAGAGCUGAUUUAUUUAUGAAAGAGCAAAAAUAUUACACGCAUUCAACGUUCUUCAUUCCAUUGGUGUAUAUAAUCGUGCUGGGAGUUUUCUAUAAUGAUAAUACAAAAGAGACCACUAUGUUAAACCGAGAACAGACAGAUGAAUGGAAGGGCUGGAUGCAACUAAUAAUUCUGAUAUAUCAUAUAUCAGGAGCAAGUACUUUUUUACCUGUGUACAUGCAUAUUCGAGUACUGGUGGCAGCAUACCUGUUCCAAACAGGUUAUGGACACUUUUCUUACUUUUGGAAAAGCGGGGAGUAUGGAAUCUCUCGAAUUUGUCAGAUAUUAUUUCGACUGAAUUUCUUGGUGGUGGUGUUGUGUCUAGUAAUGAAUCGACCAUAUCAAUUCUACUACUUUGUUCCAUUAGUAACUUUCUGGUUCAUGGUGAUCUAUGGCACUCUAGGCAUUUGGCCUCAAACCGGCAAAAAAGAUGAAAACGGAUCCUGUUCCCCCUAUUGGGAAGUGGUGCUCAAAUUGCUUGCCUUGCUAUUGUGUAUAUGCCUACUAUCUGCUUCUCAGAGUUCUUUUGAAAAUGUUUUUUCACUGUGGCCAAUUUCAAAACUAUUUGAAUGGCAAGGAUUCCUGCACGAAUGGUGGUUUCGUUGGAAAUUGGAUCGUUUUGCAGUUCUACAUGGUAUGUUCUUUGCUUUUCUUUACGGUGCAUUAAAGAAGAGUCAUCUACUUUCUGAAGGCAAAGGAGAGACAUUGUUUACACCCAGAAUGUCAUCCUUCUUACUUUUUACAUCGGUGGUUGUAUUUUUGACCUAUUCAAUAUGGUGUGCCAGCUGCAAAAAUAAAGCCGAGUGCAAUGAACAUCAUCCUUACUUCUCUGUAUUGCAGAUCUUGUCCUUCGUUCUUAUUAGGAACAUUCCUGGUUAUGUUCGUUCUGUGUACAGCUCCUUUUUUGCCUGGUUUGGCAAGAUUUCCUUAGAACUCUUCAUAUGCCAAUAUCAUAUCUGGCUUGCAGCAGAUACCAAAGGAAUUCUUGUACUAAUUCCUGGCAGCCCAGUGCUCAACAUUAUCAUCAGCACUUUCAUCUUUGUUCUAGUUGCUCAUGAGAUCUCGCAGAUCACCAAUGAUCUUGUACAAAUAACCAUUCCCAAAGAUAACUCCGUUGCACUGAAAAGAAUGCUGUGUGUGGCUAUUUUUUUAUUUGGGAUUCUCGCAUUGUCAUCUUUUGAACAAAUGAACAAACUCAAAUAAUAACUACUUUCAUAUUUAAUGAUGUGACCUCAGUUUAUUGAGGCAAGAGAGCAUAUAUAGGUGCAACACUGAAAUUCAACACAACAAAUCUGGAAACAAGUUGCUGCAUAUGUACAUAGUGUUUAAAGAUGUUUGGCUAUAAUAUGAUUAUUUGGAAGUGACUUUUAUAAACAAUGGCAUGACUACUGAUAAUGUGGCAUUUCUAGAAAUGCAAUUUCAUGUGAUUUUCUUUUUGGAUGCAUUCUAUUUCUGUGGUUUUUGUACUUCAUUUCUACAUCAGAUUUUCCAUAUUUUCACCUUUUUAAAAAUGGCAAUUAUUCCAGUUUUAUGAAGGAAACAUUUUACAGCUUAAAUUUGAUCAUAAAAUGCAUAUGAAUACAUAUUCUAUGCGAUUCAAUGCAGCCAUAUUUAUUGAAGAUAAUAUUCGGAUGCUGAACACUUAAUGUUUUAUCUUUUAUGGAUUGGUGGUGGUCAUGGUGAAAAAGAAGAGACUUUGGUGUGUUAAUCAUUAUAGGUGCAAUGGUGGCAUAAUUACAGCUUUAAUAUUUAUUUCACCCUCUCAUUCCAGAGGCGUGUUUGUUACUUCUAAAUCUGGUGUUGCGUUGUUGGUAAAAUAGAGCUGACAAAAAACUGCAUCCACUGGUAGUGCCUGGUUAAUUUUAUUGUGGAAUGGACGAGAGUUGACGUUCAAAACAUGGCAUAAUGUUGCCAUUGGACUGAAGCAGUGGCUUAAUUAAGGACGUGUUUAAGAAGGAACUGCAGAUGCUGGAGAAUCGAAGGUACACAAAAAAGCUGGAGAAACUCAGCGGGUGCAGUUUCACAAAACGUUGCCUAUUUCCUUCGCUCCAUAGAUGCUGCUGCACCCGCUGAGUUUCUCCAGCUUUUUUGUGUACGCUUAAUUAAGGACCUUUGUUUUGGGUGUGAGAGAAGUGAUCAAAUGUGUGUAAAUUAAGCUGGAACAAUUCAAUCAUCAGUUUCAAUGUUAGUUUGUGAUCAAAUUGUAUAAUUGAUUAUUUUGUGAGAUUGUUAAGAAUUGUAUCGAAACAGCAACAAUUUGCUUCAAUUUGGUUUCUGUGUAAAAUGUAAAUCAAGACAAAUGCAUUUGCUACUAUUGAAAUUUAUUUUAGCAGGGAUAAUAAAGGGGGAUGCAGGAGGAGCUGAGAAAUUUUAUUACAUAAUUAUGCCUUCCUCCAAGUUUCAUAUUAAAUUUAAACUAUAGUACACUUCUUGCGUAUGGCGUGAACAGCCUAAAGUUGUAGGACAACUUGUUCUGUUUGAUCUUACUUGAUUGUGCACGCCAGGUUGAUUGCAUUCGUCGAAACAGGGCGGACCACAUGAAGGUUGCAAUCUCCCACCCCAACUAUAGUACACAAUCUGCUAGCUUUCAUCAGUAUAAAUUCUUUUUUGGAAAUGGCCAAACUGAAAAAUGUGCAUGUACGAAAAAAGAUUCUGUGAUUUUGCAAUAACUUAGACUUUGAUUAGUUUUGAUGAAUGAUUUUUUAAUAAUUUUAGAAUUCAAUUCUUUUGUUUCUAUCCAGUACCAUCAGGUGAUGUGUAAAUACCAUAACGUGCUUGUUUUCACUAGCUUUAUUGUUAACAUAAAAACAUGAAAAUGCCGUUAAUAGUCAUGAACUUCUUGUAAUGAUCAGGGUGCCAUAAAUCAUUACUAUUUGUCUUUGAAAUCAUGGUAAAGUUGUUUUAAAAAAUAUACUUUUCCUCACUGUUUCAAGCCAACGUGUAUAGGGCCUGUGAUGUACUAUUUUAAAAUUGUCUUCUUGCACAUAGUUUCUUUUUCAAUUUCAAUAUUUCUGUGUAUUUCACUGCAGAUAGUCCAACGUCAGACAUUUUUUUUAAACCAGACAUGCGGAAACUCAAUGAGUUCUUGAAGUAUGACAUUAACACUUUUUAAAGAAUUCAAUAUUUGGAACCCAUAAAACAUCUUAAACAGGGUCUAUUUUGACAUGUUUGCUUAAGAGUAGUUGAAAGCAGGUAAGAUUAAGGUCAGCGAUAUUCCAAGUAAUUUUCUAAAUUCAAAUUCACUGGAAUCAAGCAUAAAAUGUGUAAUCUUUUUGUUCAAUUAAAUCUCAGGUUUCCUCCCUGCAUAAUAAGUGGGUUAAGCCAUAGCCUGGUCCAUCAGUGACAUAAGUGUAUGAGUUAGCUGAUUUGGGCUAAAUGUUCUGCUUUGUCUAGUUGAAAAAAGGUGCAUGUGAUUGUAUUCUGCUUCAGUGCUCUGUACAGUUGAAUAUUUUGUCAUCAUUAAUAUCAAAUGAUGCAUGUGUUCUAGCACAGAACUCUGGUUCAGCACUUAAUAUUUUUUGAACGGGGUAAACCAGGUGUUGAAUUGGAAUGUUAUCACAGUGCAGCUAAAUUUCCAGUAAUACAUCUGCACUAUUAUGUUUGUGAUUGCCACAGUUAUUUCAGCGUUAUUUUAUUAAAUUGCUAUUUUUAUUCAUUGUUCUAAAAGUCAAAAACAUCAAUUGAGUAUAUUUUGCACUAAGACUCAGUUUAUGAUGUUUCCCUAAAUGCAUGUGCAUUACAGAAUGCUUGGCUUGUGGGUACUUUCUGUGGUCUGUAUCUCUUUCAAAAUUGGGACAUUUUUUUUAUGAUGAGGCCCUUUCGGUAUUAUUAAACUUAACAUAAAAGAAUUUGGCUGAAGAAGUAACUGAACUUAAUCAGAUUUCUGCCUCUUAUAAAUUCCUGCAGUUAUAGAAAUUCCUAUGUUACUACAAGCAUAAUACUAAAUGGUUUUUUUUUAAUGGUUAUUAUUGCACUUGGGAACAAUGUUUCAGUAUCACCAUUCACAUUUGGAGUUAUGUUUCGGAAACUGGUCACAUUUUGUAAUACAUUUUAUUUUUGAGAUUUUGCACUUGUGAAGCUGUGACUCCAAGCUCAAUGGAGUGAUAUGUGUUGAUUUUUUUCUUAAAUAGUGCUACUUAUUUUUUUCAAAUAAAACAUUGAAUUUUCAUUUAAAAAUUUUAUAUUUGCGGCAGAUUUCCAGGGUGGUGUGAAAAUUAUUUAUUGUAUAGUGUACAUUUUUAGCAGAAUUGUUUACAAUUAUUUUGCAGCUUUCUAAAAUAUUGCCUGUGAAAUAUUUUUGCCUUUUUCAAAUUAUAUUAGUGCUGUAAAGAUGAAAUAUCAUUCAAAAAUGUUGGUUCUUACUCUUCUACAUGAGGCAAAUUUCAUAUGCAUUAAUGCUUGAAGAUUUUUUACGCAUUUUUAUUGAACUUUGCAAAAUACUUGGUUAUGCUAAACAUGAAUAAAAUUACUCCUGGCUUGAAUGUACAUUUAAUACAUAUUUCAUUGCAUGUUCAUCUUGUCAUGGAGUGAAAAAAUUUGUAUUCCGAUUUACCUGAAUCUCAACAGUAACAGAGUAGAUCCUUAUUUAUUUCAGGAAAUUCAUUGUCCUCAGCCCUGUAAAUGAAGGGAUCUCUAGCAUUUGAUUGGGAUGGCCAAUGUAACUGCAAAAUAGCAGCAUUAAACAGUUCAAAUGAAAUCAGUUUAAUAAUGGACACUUUUAAAAGAUUGUUAUCGAGUAUACUGAUUAACUAUUUACUGUUGUCCUGCAGACCACUGAUUUAUUAUAGCAUUUUUGGUCCUCUGGUCCCAAAUAUUGUCCCUGUGCUCUCUGCUACCUUUGCAAUGAAUCAGCUGUUUGUAAGGGAUGGUGUCAGAAAGACGGAUGUAAGCUGCACAAGCCUCCUCCAUCAGUGGGCAGACUGCCCUGAUCCUGGUCUUUAAUGCAAUGGAUGCUACUAUUUUCCCCAUCCCUGUGUUGAAUGACAACCUGGCUCCUAUUGUUUUCCCCCAGUGCCUAUUGAAUGUGAUGGAAGUUGCUACUUCUGCCCUCAUUUGUUUAGCUACACAGUACUCCCAACCCAGAUACCUCUGCAUAACAAAUCAAUGGUGGUUGCUGGCCACCUAGCACAGUGCCUAAGAGAAAUCUCCAGGCUGGGAAGAGCUAUGCAGCCAACAAAGUGAGGAGGAGGUGGCAACUUUCAUCACAUCCAACAGCUGGUGAGAAGAGAGCCAAGCCACAUCUCUCUGUCAACACAUAGAGCAAGUGCUCUGCUUGUCCCAGCUCCUUAACACCAGCCUCAGCAAUGAGCUGUGACUGAUUUUUCUUAUGGAGUCACACAAGUUGUUUGGGGCAGCAGCAUUGUCAGUUUCAUGUCCCCACAUGUAAUAGUGUAAUGAUCCCUUUUACACUCAUUCUAUUCUGAAGAAGGAUCUUGACCCUUCACCUAUUCCUUUUCUCCAGAGAUGCUUCCUGAUCCGCUGAGUUACUCCAGCAUUUUGUGUCUAUCUUCAGUGUAAACCACUUUCUGCAAUUCCUUCCACAACAUACAUAAUUCCAUUAACACUCUGGAAAUAUAUUGGUAUAUUACAGUAUAUUGGUAUAAUUCAGCAGGAAUGGUGACCAUGUUAUUUACAGAUCCUACAACUUGGCCAAUCUUGAGUAUGUUAAUAAACAUUAUCUUGUAAAGAACAAAUUUAAGGCUGGAGCUUUACCAAUGCAGAUGUAAUUUCUUCACUUUUCAGCAAAAAGAUAAUUUCCUUGGGAAUGGGAAAUUCAAUGAAAGUUUGUAUCACUUCUGUUUCAUGUCACUGAUCCAAAAACAUUAUUGUUUUUGUUUUAUUGCAGAUUAACUACCAAUUGUCAGAAAAUCAUGCAAACAUUUGAAGCAAAUAGUUUAAAAAUGCAACAGACCAAUUAAAAGUAAUUAUUGAAUUAUUUCCUUGGCUGCUGAAGUAGCUAGAAUUGAAAUUCAAUCUGCAAUCCUAUAUUGACACUACGUUCUUUUGAAAGAGUUUCUUUUUUUUUAAAUUUGUUCAAUGAGUGACAUAAAUCGAUAAAGCAGACAUUUUCUUUGAAUGAUAAAUGUCAAGAGUAUUGAUUCACUCACCUGCAACCUCCUUUAUCUGCUGGACAACUGUAAAAUGUAACAUUAACAUGGAGAUAAUGGUUGGAUUACUCUGGUAACUUGCCAGCAGCUAACAUAAAGAACUAGUAGUUAACUAUGCAGCACCUAUGAAGGGUGGAGCGAUCUGCCUCUCUCUGCCAUAGGUUUGACCAUUGCAUUGUCUGAUCACUUAUCUUUACCUCAGCUACAACUAGUGCAGACCCAUUCAUUUGACAUGGAGCACUGAUGAUCUACAAGCUAAAAUGUUUUAAUCUUAAAAAUGUUAUUAUUUAUUUCAAUUAACAUUUGUUUAAUCUUUUGCCACUAUUUUGAAAUAACUGACCAUGAGCGGAAAUAUUGGGAAGGUCUUGUGUUGGGUCCCAGGUGAAGCCGUGCUUUUUGUAGUUUAUGAAACUUUCCAAGAUUAAAUACAAAAUCUUUGCCUCCUGAUUCACAAGUCAUUGCAUUUUUAAUAGUCCUAUUUUAUGAAUAAUAACCAGUGCCAAAUAGGAGGCUUUUACAUAGAAUCUCUUGUAUGCUAACAACUGCGGAACAAAUGGUGCCCAAUAAAAUUCCUUGUUACUGAUUUUGAGUGAGACGGCUCUCUGAUGCAGUUACAAUGUUUUGUGUUCCUGUGAUGGCAUACUAUACUGCUGUUUUUUGUGAAAUGUGUGAAAAUAUUAGGCAUCUGGAUAUUUUCAGUUUAAUAGUAAUAAUGGGAAGGCAUAUUAAAUUAUUGUAGCUACAUAAUACUGUAUUUCUGCUGCAGUUUGCGAAUUAUACAUGAAAUAAUUUAGACGUACAUUACGCUGCUCAGUUACUGUCUGAAUAUAUUUUCCUUACAAUUUAAGUCUAACAUUAAAAAAGUGUAACAAAGAGAUCAGUGAAUGUGCAAAUUUCAGACGGCCUUAUUCAUUGAUGAUUUGAAUCGGAGUGUGUAUGAAAAGUAAAAACUUCCCUAAUUAUUGUACACCUAAACUAUUUCUUUAUCUGUUUGCACUUGAAAUGUAUAGAACGUUAACACCUGCCUUGUAAAAAGUGUCAUUUUUGGUAUGCUUUAGAAAUUGCAUCAUAAAGUUCAUGUGCAAAAC